UUCCGUCUCACCGAGGAGGUCGGAGCUCGUACCCUUGUAGUAGCCAAAACAUCCUAAUUCUUGAAUGAGAGGAUCUAGGAGUAGUCUACGGACCACUAUCCUAUGCUAUGCUAUAAAACAAAAAUGAGGCUAAACCCUUAUUAGCAAAAAGAAAAUAACCACCGUACAAUGCAUUACCAGCUCUUUAAAUUUAAACUGGUUCUCUGAAAUUUUUCUUUUCCUCCCAUUAUUAUGCUUUCCACUAACUCCGUCUCAUAGAAAAUAAACCAUUGGGCGAAUUGUAAUUGGAGUGAUUCCCUUAAAAAGGUCAGUCUUUUUUACCCUGAAACCCAUCUCAUUUGUUUUGAUAAAGAAAUCAUGAACCAGUUUACUACUAGUUUUAGAGUGAGAAAGAAAUGGAAGUUAACUAGGGUUUUGAUGACCCAUACCAGUAUUUAUUACUACUCAACAAUUGGAAUAUGUACUGUUGAGUAUUUAUUUCGAACCCAAUUGAUUGGGGAAGAUGUAAUGGCUGAAAUGAAACAUAAAGAAAGAUUGUAGUAUUAUGACAUCACAUUGUAACAACUUUUGCUCCUAUCUCAACUACUACUACCAUUAGUCCUAUAUAAAGGGAGUAAUGGUAUUCGUAGUAGAUCAAGUAUGAGCCAAAUGGAGUGUGAUGCUGAUGAGAUUGAGAAGAAGCUGAAAUGGUCUCAACUAGAGACACUCCCAACCCAUGACAGAUUAAGAACUGGCUUACUAAAAAGAGUGGGGAAAGAUGGUGAAGAAAUUGGUUAUGAAAUGGUUGAUGUGACAAAAUUAAGUCAAGAGGAUAAGAAGCUACUCAUGACAAGCAUUGUUAAGGCUGUUGAUAAAGACAAUGAUAGUUUUCUUCGCAGAUGUAGACACCGCUUAGACAGGGUUGGAAUUGAGAUUCCUAAAGUUGAAGUGAGGUUUGAGCAUUUAUCAGUACAAGGAGAUACUUAUGUUGGAAGCAGGGCACUUCCUACUCUACCAAAUUCCAUCUUGAAUGCAUUAGAGGCAAUUCUUGGAUUUGUUCGACUAUCUAAAUCUAAGAAACAAGUUAACAAGAUACUCUUUGACUUGAGCGGAAUAUUGAGACCAUCUAAGAUUACAUUGCUACUUGGGCCCCCAGGUUCUGGAAAAACAACACUUUGGAAAGCGCUUUCAGGGAUGCUCGAUAAGGAGCUCAAGGUUACUGGGAAAGUCACCUACUGUGGCCACGAGUUAUCAGAAAUCAUUCCACAAAGAACAUCUGCUUACAUCAGCCAUCAUGAUCUUCACAGCAGUGAGAUGACUGUCCGAGAAACAUUGGAUUUCUCUGGACGUUGCAUGGGGGUUGGGAGCAGAUUUGAUGUGCUGUUGGAGUUGUCGAGACGAGAAAAGGAGGCAGGAGUUAUACCAGAUUUUGAUAUCGAUGCGUUCAUGAAAGCCACGGGGGUAGCAGGCAAGAGAACCAGUUUACUUACAGAUUAUAUUCUCAAGAUGCUUGGAUUGGAUGUUUGUGAAAAUAUAAAGGUGGGUAACGAGAUGAUACGAGGAAUUUCUGGCGGAGAAAAGAAGCGUCUUACUACUGGAGAGAUGUUGGUCGGACCAACAAAAGUAUUCUUCAUGGAUGAAAUAUCAACUGGACUUGACAGUUCGACCACUUUCCAAGUUGCUAAAUAUCUCAAACAAAUGGUUCAUAUAUUUGAUGUAACCAUGAUGAUCUCUCUUCUGCAGCCUGCACCUGAAACAUUUGAGCUUUUUGAUGACAUUAUUCUACUUUCGGAAGGUCAAAUUAUCUAUCACGGUCCACGAGAUAAAAUCCUCAAAUUCUUUGAACACAUGGGUUUCAAAUGCCCGGAAAGGAAAGGAGUUGCAGAUUUCCUACAAGAGGUAACAUCCAGUAAGGAUCAAGAACAAUACUGGUUUAGCAAGAAUCAACCUUACAGAUAUGUCUUGGUGGAUCAGUUUGUGGAAUCCUUCCACUCUUAUCAACUUGGUCGGCAGCUUUCUGAAGAUCUCACCGUUCCUUAUGAUAAAAGAAAAGUUCAUCCUGCUGCUUUAGUGACAGAGAAGUAUGGUUUAUCCAAAUGGGAACUCUUUAAGGCAUGUUUUUCAAGGGAGGUGCUGCUGAUGAAACGAAACUCUUUCAUCUAUGUCUUCAAGAUCACCCAGAUAACAGUUAUGUCGCUGCUUUGCCUGACAGUCUUCAUAAAAAAGGAAAUGAAGCAUGGACACAUUGAGGAUGGGGGAAGAUUUUACGGUGCAUUGUUGUUUGGUUUGAUUAAUGUAAUGUUCAACGGGAUGGCCGAGUUGGCGAUGAUUGCUUUAAGGCUCCCCGUGUUCUUUAAACAGAGAGAUAUGCUGUUAUACCCAGGGUGGGCUGUUGGGUUGCCACUCUGGCUCCUUGGGAUUCCCCAAUCAGUUGUGGAAUCAGGGAUCUGGGUAGUUCUUUCAUACUUCUCUAUCGGGUUUGCUCCUGAUGCAGUCAGGUGUUUCCGUCAGUUUUUGGCCUAUUUCUGUGUACAUCAAAUGUCCAUGUCCCUUUUUCGGUUAAUUUCAAUAGCUGGAAGAACAGAGGUCAUUGCAAACAUGUUAGCUACAUUUGUUAUGACAACUUUAUUUGUGCUUGGAGGAUUUAUCAUUUCCAAAGAUGACCUCGGGCCGUGGAUGAAGUGGAGCUACUUUGUCUCUCCUUUAAUGUAUGGGCAGAAUGCCGUAGCAAUUAAUGAAUUUCUUGAUAAAAGAUGGAGCACUCCCAUAAUUGACCCAACUCAGCCAAACAAUCCUCAAAUAACAGUAGGAAAGUUCCUCCUGAGGUCUAAAGGGAUGUUCACAGAAGAGUAUUGGUAUUGGAUAUGUAUUGCAGCACUACUCGGAUUUUCCCUUCUAUUCAAUGUUUGUUUUAUCACAGCAUUGGCGUAUUUGAAUCCUUGGGGUGACUCAAAAUCUUCCAUGAAGGACGAGCACACUACUGCUGAAAGGGGUAACAAGCUUAAUUCUUCACCACAUGAAGCUGAAUGUAGACCAAAUGACCCCAUAUUUGAAGGUAUCGAGAUUGGGGUGAGGAAAGAUGCCCAGAGGGGAUGCUCAAGCGGUGUUGUGGACCACACACCUAUAAAGGGAAUGGUUUUACCUUUCAAACCUCUUUCAUUGGUGUUCAACCAUGUGAAUUACUCUGUUGAUAUGCCAGCAGAAAUAAGGAGCCAAGGAAUCAAAGAAAGCCGCCUCCAAUUGCUUCGAGAUGUCAGUGGUGCUUUUAGACCAGGCGUUCUGACAGCAUUAGUUGGAAUAAGUGGUGCUGGAAAGACUACCUUGAUGGAUGUUUUAGCAGGAAGGAAAACUGGAGGCUACAUCGAAGGGAACAUCAAUGUUUCUGGCUACCCAAAGAACCAAACUACAUUUGCUAGGGUUAUCGGCUAUUGUGAACAAAAUGAUAUCCAUUCACCACGUGUCACUGUGUACGAGUCUCUCUUGUACUCAGCCUGGUUACGUCUUCCUCGUGAUGUAUAUAAUGAAGCACGAAAGAUGUUUGUGGAGGAAGUAAUGGACUUGGUUGAGCUUAAGUCCUUAAGGAAUGCUCUAGUCGGACUUCCAGGAGUUGAUGGUCUUUCAACUGAACAAAGAAAGCGGCUUACAAUAGCUGUAGAAUUAGUUUCUAAUCCGUCCAUUAUCUUCAUGGACGAGCCUACAUCAGGUCUUGAUGCUAGAGCUGCAGCUAUUGUUAUGCGAACAGUGAGAAAUACAGUAGAUACAGGAAGAACUGUUGUCUGCACGAUCCACCAGCCAAGCAUAGAUAUUUUUGAAGCAUUUGAUGAGCUAUUGUUGAUGAAGAGAGGAGGUCAAGUAAUUUACAGUGGACCUAUUGGUCAUCAUUCUGACGAGCUUAUACAGUAUUUUGAAGCUAUUCCUGAGGUUCCCAAGAUAAGAGAAGGUUACAAUCCUGCUACAUGGGUGCUCGAGGUUACUGGCUAUUCAGUUGAGGUUGAAUUGGAUAUAGAUUUUGCAGAAGCUUAUGCUCGUUCUGGCCUGUAUCAGAAGAAUCAGGACCUUAUUGAAGAACUAAGCACUCGAUCACCAGGUUCCCAAGAUAUCUACUUUCCUUCCAAAUAUUCACAGAGCUUUACAGUUCAAUUUAUCGCUUGUUUUUGGAAACAACACUGGUCAUACUGGAGGAACUCGCAGUACAAUGGAAUCAGAUUCAUUGUGACAAUAUUGACUGGUCUUAUGUUUGGUGUUAUCUUUUGGAACAAAGGCGAGCAGACAAGCACACAGCAAGAUAUACAGAGACUGAUGGGAGCUAUGUAUUCUGCUAUACUUUUCCUUGGAGCCACCAAUGCUAUUGCAGUGCAACCUAUCGUGGCAAUCGAGAGAACAGUUUUCUAUCGUGAAAGAGCAGUUAAAAUGUACUCAGAAUUACCAUAUGCAUUUGCUCAGGUGGCAAUUGAGACAGUUUACUUGGCCAUUCAAACCCUUGUUUACUCUAUUCUAUUCUACUCUAUGAUGGGAUUCCAUUGGCAAGUGGGCAAGUUCUUGUGGUUCUACUACUUUAUGUUCACGUCCUUUCUCUACAUUGUAAUGUUUGGAAUGAUGAUGGUAGCACUGACUCCAUUACCACAAUUGGCUACCAUUUGUACGGCCACUUUUCUGACCAUUUGGAAUUUGUUUGGAGGCUUCCUCAUCCCAAGAAUGCAACUGCCAAUAUGGUGCAGGUGGUACUAUUGGGCUAAUCCUUUUGCAUGGACACUUUACGGCGUAGUAACGUGCCUAGUGGGUGACAAAAAUACUCCAGUCCAGAUAACUGGGCAGGCAAAUGAAAUGAUGCUGAAGAGAUUCUUGAAGGAGUUCCUAGGCUUUGAACAUGAAUUUCUUGGAUACGUUGCACUGGCGCACCUUGGAUUUGUUCUGCUGUUCUUUUUCAUCUUUGCAUAUGGUAUCAAAUUUCUGAACUUCCAAAAACGGUAACUGAUAGUUUUUCUGUUUAAAAGGAUAUAAUUUGAGUGCACAAUAUGCUUGAAUUAUAAGUUCGUGCUUGAAUAAAAUCUAAACUUUGCUUCAUGAAAAAAGUGUCCAAAUGUGCUCCCCAUAUUUCCCAAUUUUUUUUUGCGGACGAAGCUUUAUUUAUCCUGGCUAGUUUAGAGCUUGCACGGCUUAUUACUAGAAGACAAAAGAAGACAUUUGGAAGUAAAAUGGAAAAUUCCUUGGCCAAUUUUUUUUUUAAUGGUCAAUUUAUUCCUGAUUAAUUAAUGUCAA